GUGUCCCACCUGGAGAACGUCUCGGAGGAGGAGAUCAACCGCCUGCUGGGCAUGGUGGUGGACGUGGAAAACCUCUUCAUGUCUGUGCACAAGGAGGAGGACACGGACACCAAGCAAGUGUAUUUCUACCUGUUCAAGCUCCUGCGGAAGUGCAUCCUGCAGAUGAGCCAGCCGGUGGUCGAGGGGUCCCUGGGGAGCCCCCCCUUCGAGAAACCAAACAUUGAGCAGGGAGUCCUGAACUUCGUCCAGUACAAGUUCAGCCACUUGCCGCCCAAGGAGCGCCAGACCAUGUACGAGCUCUCCAAGAUGUUCCUGCUCUGCCUCAACUACUGGAAGCUGGAGACGCCGUCGCAGUUCCGGCAGCGAUCGCAGAACGACGACGUGGCCACCUACAAGGUCAACUACACGAGGUGGUUGUGCUACUGCCACGUGCCGCAGAGCUGCGACAGCCUUCCCCGCUACGAGACCACCCACGUCUUUGGGCGCAGCCUCCUCAAGUCCAUCUUCACGGUCACCCGCCGGCAGCUGCUGGAGAAGUUCCGGGUGGAGAAGGACAAGCUGGUGCCUGAGAAGCGGACACUGAUCCUCACCCACUUCCCCAAGUUCCUGUCCAUGCUGGAGGAGGAGAUCUAUGGUGAGAACUCUCCCAUCUGGGAGGCCGAUUUCACCGUGCCGGCCGCGGAAGGGGCUCAGCUGGUGUCUCGCCCAGCUGCAGUCAGCGCCGUCGCGGUGCCCACCACUCCGCUCUUCAGCAAGAAGCUCAGCAACAGCAGCUCUGCCGCGAGCAUGGACAGCAGCACCCCGGAGCCCCUCCCAGGGGAGAAGCGGAAGCUGCCCGAGAGCCUGACGCUGGAAGAUGCCAAGCGGAUCCGCGUCAUGGGAGACAUCCCCAUGGAGCUGGUGAACGAGGUCAUGCUGACCAUCACGGACCCCGCUGCCAUGCUGGGCCCCGAG